CUAGAAGCUAUGGACAUACUCUUCAGAAUAAGAGGAGGCUUGGACCUUGCGUUUCAGCUAGCAACUACUGAUGAGGCAUCAACAAAGAAGGCAUUAGGAUAUGUUUUCAGUGAUCUUGCAAACAAACUGUCCUCGGAUGUUCUUGUAUUAAGAAUUUGCCACAGUUCAAUCUAUGUGUGGCCUAACAGUGGCAUGAACACUGUUCCAGAGCUGACUGAUGAGUCUGCUUGUAAGGAGAUAAGACGAUAUAUGCAAUUUGAUCAAGACGAUGAGACCAAACGAAAGCUUGGCAAAAAAAAGGAUAAAAAGUUACAAGAUACGGUAUUCAAUAUAGACCUCAUGUUGGAAAUGACGUCUUCACUACCUGCUUUGGCUCCAGUCAUUGAACGGGAAAAUAAGGAACACCACUACAUAAAUAUGACAUUACCAGUUGAUGUUGUUAUAUCUGUUUCUCCAGAGGAAACAUGGGGAAAUGUACAGAAUCUCUUGGUGAAAGCAAUUCACAGGCAACUAACUGACAUGGAAAGUUGUAUCAUGAAAUAUGUGAAGGGAACAUCAAUUGUGGUACCAGAACAAUUUCAUUUCAUGUUACCAGGGAACAACCACCUUGUAACAAUCUCAUAUCCUACAGGUAUUUCAGAUGAUCAACUGGAAAGUUACAGAAAGGAACUGCAUGGGUUAUUCAACCUGCCUUGUGACAGACCCUAUUUCAAGAGAGCAAAUGCUUAUCAUUUUCCAGAUGAACCAUAUAAAGAUGGAUAUCUCAGAAAUCCUCAUUUACAUCUUAAUUCACCUGGUAUGGAGUCUGGUAUGGUCUAUUUAGUACAUGGUAUCUAUAGUUACCACCACUAUAUGCAAGAUAGGAUUGAUGACAGUGGUUGGGGCUGUGCCUAUCGGUCUUUGCAGACAGUCUGUUCCUGGUUCAAGCACCAAGGUUAUAUCGAUGCACCUAUACCAACACACAAGGAGAUUCAACAGGCACUGGUUGAUGCUGGAGACAAGCCUGCAGCAUUUGUUGGGUCACGGCAAUGGAUUGGUUCCAUUGAGGUACAACUUGUUUUGAAUCAGCUUUUUGGAAUAACAUCAAAAAUACUAUUUGUCAGCCAGGGUUCUGAACUGGCAUUGCAGGGAAGAGAGCUUGCUAACCAUUUCAAGACUGAAGGAACUCCAGUUAUGAUUGGUGGAGGUGUUUUGGCUCACACAAUAUUAGGAGUGGCUUGGAAUGAGAUUACAGGGCACAUCAAAUAUUUGAUUCUAGACCCGCAUUACACUGGAGGAGAAGAUCUGCAUGUUAUUUUGGAAAAGGUGAGGCUUGAUGCACGUAUAUAUACGCACACAUUUCGGCAUUAAGCAAGUAAUGCACAGCCAAAUACAAAUUGGACGUUCUAUGGCUUCUCCAUUCCUUAUGGAGGAAGUGCUGAUUCCCAGUUAACCUGCACAUAUGCUACUUACUGCUAGUUUCUGAAACUUAGUGUCUUCA